AUGAUUAAACAAUCUGAAGAAUCGAUUGAGCAAUUGACAAAAAUUCAUCCAGAAAUAUCAUCAACCAAAGAAUUAGCAAUGAUAAAUGGUGAUAUUGAACUACUUGAAAAUCAUAUGGAUAAUCAAGAACAGAAUAUUAAAAAAUUAAAAAUUAUCGAAACGGAAAAUGUAACAAUGACUUCGACAACAACAACAACAACAACAUAUUCAUCAGCCUCAUCACUAUCAUCUCCAUCAUCAUCAUCGGCAAGCGAUUCAACUAAUAAUAAUAAUAAUAAUGAUGAUGAUGUUGAUGAUGAUGAUAAUAAUAAUAUCAUUGAAAUUCAAUUAACCGAUCUCAAAAGUAAUUAUUCGGAAUUUAAUGAUUUUGUUCUAUUAUUUCUUUAUAUAAAUAAUGUACAACAUUGUGAAUUUCAAUUUUAUCAAAAUGGAAUGAGAAUGAAAUUCGAAACUGAUUAUAGCUUACUACCAAAUAUCAACAAUAAUAAUAAUAAUGAGAUUCCAAUUUUGAAUCCAAUUCAAUUGAAUAAGAAUUUUAUCUAUCUUUUAAAUCUUACAUUUAAACAUGAAAUUGUUCCAGAUAAAUGUUCAUUAAAAAUUCUUAAGAAAACUGUUGAAAUUCGUUUACAAAAAUUACUGCCAAUUACAUGGGGUACUAUUAAAGAACAUUGGAUCACACCAGUUUUAUCAUCAUCAAUGACUACGUCUACAAAUACAAUGACAACUACAAUUGAUUUGAAUUCAUCAUUUCCAUCAUCAUCGUCAUCAUCCUUAUUACCUUUGUCAACAUUUAGUCUAAAUAAAUGGACACCAUGUACAUUAUCACCGUCUUCCACUGAUUCAAAGUGUCGAUUUCCCAAUGAUAAUAUGAUAUUAACCUUAUCAAAAUCUUCAGACAAUAAUAAUGAUAUCAAUGCUAAUGGUGAGAUUGAAUCAGCCAUCAAUACAAGUCGUUGUGGCCGUUUUCGUGGAUUUAUCGGUUUAGAUAAUCUGGGCAAUACUUGUUUCAUGAAUGCCGUAUUACAAUGUCUGGCAAAUACUGAUCCAUUACGAGACUAUUUUCUCUCAAAUGAAUAUCUAAAUGAUAUAAAUACGAAAAACCCUCUAGGGAUGAAGGGUAUAAUGGCUCGGGCAUUUGCACAAUUUCUUCUACAAUUAUGGCUGGGUAAACAAUCAUCAAUAUCUCCCACACGAUUGAAAUCAUUAAUUGGUGAAAAAGUGAUUACAUUCGCUGGUUAUGGUCAACAUGAUGCACAGGAAUUAAUGUCAUUUCUAUUGGAUGCCAUACAUGAAGAUCUUAAUCGAAAUGAAGCCAAAAUCAAUGGCGAUCACCAAAAGGAUUCUAAUGAUGAUGAUAAUAAUAGUCUUGUUGAUUAUGAUAUAAAAGACUGUCCAACGAAUGAAAUUCGUGAAGAAAUAUUCGCAAGAAUGACAGAAAUUGCCGAUCGUGCUUGGAAACAAUAUCGUCUAUGUAAUAAUUCAAUCGUAAUCGAUCUAUUUUGUGGUCAAUUCAAAUCGAUUCUUACCUGUCCUGAUUGUACGAAAAAAAGCAUUAUAUUCGAUCCAUUUCUAUUUGUACCUUUACCGAUUCCACCACCUAAAUUAAUAUAUAAUGUCAUCUAUUUUGAUCGUGAUCCCAUUACCGAUAUGUGUAAAAAUGUUUCAAAAUUUUCUGUUUGUAUUGCUCAAAAUUCAACCGUAAAUAAUUUAUUGGAUAAAUUGUUAGAAAAACAAGUAAUACCAACGAAAAAUGUUCGAUUAAUGCAGCCACAAUUACGGCAACAACAUAAUCGUUCCAAUGAUAUAAUGCCUGUUAAAUUUUUCAAUGUUAAUUGGCUACUUACCGAUUGUCAACAACAACAAUCAAAUCAUUCAAUUUUCAUGAAUAAUAAUAGUAAUCAUCAUUCCUCAUUCAAUCUAUCGAAUCAACAACCAUUAUUAUUAUUUGAAUUACCAUCAACAUUAUCAUCAUCAUUAUCAUCGGAAAAUGAAAAUAUUGAUAACAAUGAUGAACAUGUUGAAUUUUGUAUUUUACAACGAGAAUUUCGUAGCCAUCAAAUUGGAUUUCCAUUUGUUUGUUCAAUAAAAAAAUCUCGCAUAUCUUAUAGCCAUCUUUGUGAGGUUCUUUGUUCAUAUGCCCGUUUUUCAGUUAUUGCCUAUCGUCAAGCCAUGGCUAUGGAAAAUAAAACAGAUAUUAAUCCAAAUGCAAUCGGUAAUCUUAAUCGAUUUAAUGUUCAUUCGUUUACACCAAAAAAUGUGGCAAAAUCAUCGAGCAAUUACAAUAAUAAUAACAUGGAAACCAUUGAUCCAAUCCCACAUUUAAUAUAUCAUAAAUCUAAAAUCCAACAUCCAAACGAUACGAUUGUACCAUUUUUACUUAUGUCAAUGAUGAAUGGUGUAGAAAUAGAAAUAACACCACCGGAAUUUGUAUCCUAUAGAAAUGUAGAUAUGGAACAAGAUGAUGAUGAUGAUGGUAAUUUAAAUUCUUCAACAUCAACUAAUGGUGAAAAUUCGCUAAUGCAUGAACCAUCCCCGCCACAUCGAGAAGAAGAAGAAUCGCCAAUGAUGUUGAAUGAUGAUGAUGAUGAUGAUGAUGGUGAUGAUGAACAACAAGAUUUAAUUAAUUUUUAUUUUAUCUAUAUGGAUUGGAUUACGGUGAAAAAUUUUCCAAUGUAUCCAUUUGCUGUACAAUUGAAUUCGUUUGAUAAAAAUAUUGAAUAUGUUAAAAUUGGUAAUGAUGUUGAUGAUGAUGAUGUUACACUUGAUGAUUGUCUAAAGGCAUUUAUAGAGCCGGAAAUUCUUGGUCCACAAAAUUGCUGGCGUUGUCCUAAUUGUAAAGUACCAAGAGAAGCAUCCAAACAGCUAUCAUUUUGGCGUCUACCAUCCAUAUUGGUUAUACAAUUGAAACGUUUCAAAACACAUUCAUCGAUUUAUAAUCAUGAAAAAAUUAAUCGUAUGAUAAAAUAUCCAUUUGAAUUGAAUCUGGAAAAAUAUUAUACUGCUAAUCAUAAUGAUAAUAAUAAUGAUGAUGAUGCUCAAACACAACAACAGCAACAACAACAACAAUCACAGCCAUCAAUCUAUGAUCUAUAUGCUGUUGUUAGUCAUCAAGGUUGUGCCUCAUGGGGACAUUAUACGGCAUUUGCACGUUCAUCACAUACAAAUGAAUUUGGUUGGCGUCUAUUCGAUGAUAGUUGUGUGGAUAAAAUUGCCAAUGAUCAUGAAAUAAUUACACCCAAUGCCUAUCUAUUAUUUUAUAGGCUUCGUGAAAUUGAUUAAAUUUGUAAAGUUUUCAAAUUUUUUUCUUUUUGAAUUCAAUUUGUGAUCUUAUUUUAUUUCAUUCAUUCAUUCACACACACACACACACACAUUACAUAUUCCUUCUUUUUCUGCUUUUAAAUUUUUUUUAUAUGUGAAAAAUAAUGGUUUGUCAUAUAUAUAUGAUUGAUAUAUGAUCGCGGAAAGAUGGAGAAAAUAUUUGCAAAUUGUAUUUCUUGAUGAUUUUAAAAUUUAUUUACCAGUCUGAUUUAUGAUUCUCAUCAUUGUCAGAUUAGAAUCUUUGUUUGUUUGUUUUUUUGCCAUCCAAUAUAAUUUGGUUUUUUUAAUA